AUGACGAUCGCCCUCACGAUCCCCGAUCCGGCCUCUAUCGAUGCGCCUGAUUUUCGCUUGAUCCACCGGCGCUAUAACAGAACGACAGACCUAAUGACUAUGGCGGAUGGCGGUUAUGACCCAAUGGGGCACAUCCAAACGGGUCGUCCACAUGCGUACUACCUGUACCAGGCGGCGGCGGCCGCCCUCGAGCAGCACCAUCACCAGCAGCAGCAGCAACAACAGCAGCAGCAGCUACAGCGAGAUCAGCAGCCCCAGCAGCAGCAGCUUCAGGAGCAGACAUCUGGUGAUCCAGCGGUUCCUGUUCGAUCUCGGCCACCCUCAGACGAUGGACACGAGAACAACAACAACCUGCCGGCGGCGGCCAACAACAACCUGUUCCGAUCGGAGCAGAAAAAGCACAAGCGGAAACGGCUCUCUGCGGUGCUGGACAAGCUCCACAACGGCACUGGAACCGUGGUGAACCACAACAACAAUAAUGUUGGUGAAGCGCAAGGUUUUCAGGUGAAAUGCAUGGACUCACGCUCGAGUGCCGAGGACUCGACUGAGGAUACGUUCCCAUAUGCAGCGAGCCCUCGCAUCAGCGUAAGCCCGCUCCGAUUGAGCGAAGGGGAUGAAAACAACCCCCAUCAAGGGCGGACCUCAAACUCGCGCGCCUCGCAACACACACCAGCGCACGAUCAACAACUGCCUUCGCCCUCACAGGUGCCAAGACAGGCGAAGCUAGAGUCUCAACAGCAAUCCCCGGUAGCUCCAUUGCAACCGGCCCAAAUUAAGCAAGAGGACCAACAGUAUCUCUACAAGCAGCUCCAGUACUUUAACCCGCUCGCCCUUUUCAAUUACCUGCCCGAGCCGACCAAGCUGCUGUACGAGGAGUUCGCACGCCAACGCAGUCAUUCCGAUUCGGACCUUCGGUUGCCGCAACUCGCGCGCCAAAACCCGCCCAAGAAAAAGCGUGCCGGUCAGUCAGGCAAGGCUUCACAACGGCCACCAACGGCCAGCAGUCGCAGUAGCAACGCGAGCAGCGCCGGAAGUGGUUCACACGAUCCGCAGGAUCAACCGCUCGAUCUGUCGAUGAAAACGCUACUGUUCGACCCCUAUAAUCUCCCCGUCACGACUGUGAUCAAGGAAGAACCGCAGCUGACGUACAGUCCACCACCGGACGCGUCAUCCGGCCGGCUUGUUGGCCCAGCCAAGCUGAUCCUGAAGCGUGAGGAUCUGUCCGACCUUCGCCGGUCACCUUACGAGCAGCUAAAUGGGCACGGACCUGGUGGCUUUAAUUUGAACGUGUCACCCGUCGUGGAGGAGAUGCCACCAGGAUCGGAUGUCGCCUACAUGUGUCCGGUGUGUGGGCAGCUGUUUUCGUUGCAGGAUAGGCUCGCGAAACAUAUGGCCUCACGGCACAAGAGCCGCACGGGUGCGACCGAUAUCACCAAAUCGUACAUGUGUGAGGUGUGCCAGCGAUCCUUCGCGCGAUCGGACAUGCUGACACGCCACAUGCGCCUUCAUACAGGCGUCAAACCGUACUCGUGUAAGGUGUGUGGGCAAAUCUUUUCACGCUCGGAUCACCUCUCAACGCACCAGCGGACGCACACGGGCGAAAAACCGUACAAGUGCCCGCAGUGUCCUUACGCGGCCUGUCGGCGUGAUAUGAUUACGCGCCACAUGCGCACCCACACGCGUUACGAGUCGCAGCGUGGCAGUGGUGGUGGGUCCAGUGGAGGCAGCAUCAGCCCUUCGAUGGACCAGAAACCUAUCAUGCUGCCGUUGGUUGAGUUGGGUGGAGGACGAACCAUCAUGAAGGAGGCUAGCUUCGGUGGUGUUGGCGCGGGCUUCGUCCUGGAGGCAAAGACUGAAUCGUAA